UCGGAAUCAGUAGCCUUAAAAACAUUUCCUGGCACCACAAAGUCAACGGCCAUGUAUCCUGUAGACCUGCCAGCCUUGGCCGACACUGAUCUGACAUCUGCCUCCGAACACUUCCUCUCUGCUCUGGAGGCUAAACCUUUCAGUAAUGAGUGGUUUCAGUUGUCACAGACCUCAAAGGUGGAGAUAACAGCAGCAAAUAUAAGUCAGCUGCAGCUGUUUGAGGAGGAUCAGCCUGGAUUUGCGGUGCUGGCACUUCAUCCUCCAGACGAUCGAACACAAGUGGUGGCUCUGUACCUGCAUGAGAGGUGGUGGCGUCUGGAUGACGUGUUGCGAACAUCCAGUAAAUCCAGAAGCGGCUUGGUGUCGGUGCAGUCGAUGACGGAGAGGGUAAUCGUGUUCCUGCUCAGUCAGGUCGUGGAAAGGCCUUCAUUGGGGGAAGUAUUUUUCUCCCUGCACCCUUGCGCAGAGAGCUGCAAAGUGCUGUGGAGGGACCAGCGGGCCGUCGGCUUCUACACGGUCAAACACAAAGGCAGCCUGGUUGACGGCUGGAGCAGCUGCUGCUACCUGCUGCCCGUCCUGGACACGGUGCUGGUGAGGAGGAGCUGCAGGAGGAGGGGCUUCGGCCUUCAGAUCCUGGAAGAUUUCUGCUCCUGGUUCUCCUCAGACGAAUAUCUGGGAGUCAGCUCCCCGCUGUCGCCCAGCAUGGCAGCAGUGUUCAGGACGUUCCUGCAGCAGCGCGAGGAGCACCGGGAGCGUCUCUACGAGGUGGAGGCUCCGGGAGGCUGGACUCAGAGGAGAAACAUCUGGCUCGGCAUCCAGCUAGGCCGCUACGCCCUCGACGUCAGUGAGGAGAGCACUCCAACACCAGGACACACGCAGGAGAAGGAAGGCAACAGUUUGUCUCAGCUGGGUUGCGAAACAAGCCUGACCUCCCAGAGCACCUGUAACACAAAGAAUCCUCUGCAUGAGCAAAAGAUUAUCCUACCGAAUCAAAGAGAAAACCCCACGAGCAGCACGAUCCUUGGGACAGGAUGUAGCUGUGCAGCCCACGCUGACAAUCUGGACUCCAGACUUCCCAUAAGGACCAAAAUCCUGAAGCAAACCCUGAAAUCUAAGGCCACUCUGUCAACAAAGAACAGAGGAUCCAGGGGAAAUGCACAAAAAGUGUAAGAAGAGCCAAGAGAACCCUAGGCAACCUGCAUAUACACUCAUAACCAUUGUGCAAUAUCAGACCCCGGAGGGAACUGUUCCUACACUGCAGAGAUCUACAGCCACAUCAAUGUUGGGGACAUUGUAAUUCCUAUAUGGAGGGCUGUUUGUCACUUUUAUUCUUGACAGAUGAGCAAAAAAACUUGACAGUACAUGAGAAAUAUUUUUCAACAUGACAUUUUUUUUCCAUCAAAUGUGUUUACCAUUUGAGUUGCUGCAUUUCCAUAUUUCUUGCCGCUCCGGGAUAUUUUUAGUUUCUCUCUUUAUCAAUUCAAGAAAUGAUUAAGUCUUGUGGGCUUCGUUUUUGAGUGUGCCAUAUCCUCAGGAAUGACCAAAACAAACAAAAAAAAACUACAUUUUGUGUCUAUCACUGCAGAUGGGGAUAUUUUACUGUCGUAAUUACUGUUCGUUAUACCAUUAGCUUGUUAACUUGAACAAUGUGGUUUUAUAAAUGCUUUAAAGAUCAAUUUGUACAUUUGUCUCCAUGAAGAUGUGCUCUGCAGUGGCAGCAUUCCCAUAACUGUAUUAUUAUAAAACAGAAAAUUGUUAUUUAAUUUGCUAAUUCUUUUUGUCAGACAAGAAUUUUUAGGUUAACAAAUUCUUGACAAAAAUAAUUAGCAAAUUAAAUUCUAAAAACAUGGACAAAAUUAACUUCAUUAAAUCAGAAAAUUGUUAAAUGUAAUUAUCUUGUAGCUCACACUGCAACGCUCCCACUAACAAGUUUCAUGAAAGUGACAUUAGUGUGUUGGUGUUUUUAAGUGUUCGAGGUAUUAAAAUUAAGUUUAUUAUUUUGACUUCCAGAAUAAAAUAAAAA